CCGAAACAAACAUUCAGUUCAUUUCAGCUGGAAAUCAGCGAGGGCGUCUCUUGUGGUUCGCUAGAUUGUAGUGUAGCUGGUGUUCACAGCAUCCGAAUAGAUAGAAAGAGCAACAAGAAACAGGAAAAAUGCCAAAUUUUUCAAAAUUGACACAAUUGCGAGGUUUGCAAGUGUAUCUCUUGAGGGGAUCGUUGCACCGCUCAUACUCCUCGUCACCAGCCAAUGCACAAUUUCGUGAAAUAAUCUCAGAGCAAAUCAAAUCCAUCAAAGAGGCUGGCACAUUUAAAUCGGAACGCAUUAUCACUUCGUCCCAGAGCACUCAGAUUACAGUGGAGGGCAGCAACAAGAACAUUUUGAACUUUUGUGCCAAUAACUAUUUGGGCUUGGCUAACAACCCCGAAGUAAUUAAAUAUUCCAAUGAAAUCCUUUCCAAAUAUGGUGCUGGCCUCAGUUCGGUCCGUUUCAUUUGCGGAACUCAAGAUAUCCAUAAGAAUUUGGAAAAGAAAAUCGCCCAAUUCCAUGGACGCGAAGAUACUAUCCUCUAUGCUUCGUGUUUUGAUGCCAAUGCUGGUCUCUUCGAGGCUAUUUUGACUCCUGAAGAUGCUGUCUUUUCUGAUGAACUCAAUCAUGCUUCCAUCAUUGAUGGCAUUCGUUUGUGCAAAGCUCAAAAGAAUCGUUACAAGCAUCGUGAUUUGAAUGAUUUGGAAAAUCAAUUGAAAUCAUCGACUGCUCGCAUGAAGUUGAUUGUUACCGAUGGUGUCUUCUCCAUGGAUGGUAAUAUUGCACCACUCAAGGAAAUCGUUUCGUUGGCCAAGAAAUACAACGCCUUAACAUUCAUUGAUGAGUGUCAUGCCACCGGUUUCUUGGGUAAAACUGGACGCGGUACCGAAGAGUAUUGCGAAGUUAUGGGCAGUGUAGAUAUCAUCAACUCUACUUUGGGCAAAGCCUUGGGUGGUGCUGCUGGUGGUUAUACAACUGGUCCAAAGGAACUCAUUACAUUCUUGAGGCAAAAAUCUCGUCCCUAUCUGUUCUCCAAUACCCUGCCACCAGCUGUUGUUGCCACAGGCACCAAAGUCCUGGAUAUGCUCUUGAAGUCAAGCGAAUUAACCGAAAAAGUUCAAACAAACACCAAACAUUUCCGUGAUGCCAUGACCAAGGCCGGUUUCACCAUUGCCGGUGAAAAUCACCCCAUUUGUCCAGUUAUGUUGGGCGAUGCUCGUCUCGCUUCCAUUUUUGCCGAUGAAAUGUUGAAACGUGGCAUCUAUGUCAUCGGUUUCAGUUACCCUGUAGUUCCCAAGGGCAAGGCUCGCAUCCGUGUUCAAAUUUCUGCUGCCCACACUAAGGAUGAUAUUGAUCAUGCCAUUGCUGCCUUCACCGAAGUUGGAAAGUCACUCAAAGUGAUCCAGUAAAAUGAGACAUGAAAUGUCGUUAGAAUAUUAUUCCGGUCAAAAUGUGCAUUUAUUUUCUGUAGUAAUAAUAAAUAUUCUAUUAUUUUAA